ACGUCACGGAUCUGUUCUCUGACCCCACCGUGGUAGUAACGUGAUGUGAGACGUCGAAUCCCUGUGUGCGUCGAGACAGACGAGCCUCGCCCCUCCAGCAUAUAUCGUCCCACAGAUCUCCUCCUCUGCUGCGAGAGACGAAGCGAUGGAGGAGACGGCGGACAGCCGAAAGCGGAAGGAGCAUGACGACGACGGAGGAGAGGUGGUGAACGCUGUCAAAACGAUCCCCGCCGCGAUCUUCGACGCAGAGCAGGAAGUGGAGAUGGGGGAGGCAGCGGUGGCGGAAGUGAUGAAAUGGCUGGAGGAGGAGGUACGCUCCGCCGCCGUCUCCCAUCCCCCUUCCUCGCCGUCCUGCUGCCAGGAGGCGUCCUUCGUCACCAUCAACGGCAACGAGGAGAGCUGUGGGCCAUCGUUCUCCAGCUCCGCGUGCACCGUUAUGGCCAGCAUCGACACCAUCGGCGGCGUUUGCGGCGUGCCCUACUUCAUGGGGUGCCCCUCCGACCACGGCGCGUGGCCGUCCGCCUUGCCGUCGAUCGGGAAGCUGAGGGACCGAUCGGAUGAUGCGCCGGUGGCGGGGGAGGCGGGUGGGUGCGGCGGCGCCGCCGAGGAUGAGGAUGAGGUGGAUUGGGAAGCAGUGCACGUGUGUGUGGCGUCCAAUAUGGUGACAUGUACAAACGAACGGUUUCCAGUGUAAAAAGCAACGACGACUCGAAGACGGUCAGUUUGAUUAGAUUACUCCGUAAAAGAUGAUGAAAUUUUGGAGUAAUUAUAUAUUAUCUUUUAGUUAAUUAUAAUUAAUAUUUUGAUUCUUAUAUUUUAAAAAAUAAUAUUCAGAUUCCUGUAAAACAUUGAACUUGAAUGAAAAGGAUAAAAAAAUAAUUUCACUAUCUAUUAAUUUCAUAUAAACUUCUUUAUACAACGUGGAGGUUUUCAUAUGCAUUCCUCCCCACUUUAGUGGGCGAAGAAUGUUUUACUCCUUGUGUUGGUGGGUGCAGGAGAAAGCUGGUUCGGUACUGCCAUCGCAUCGCAUCGCAUCGCGUGUGGGAUUUUCUAGGGUUUGUGAUACUUUCGUUUAAGCUUUCGAGCCUCAAGGUUGACAUAGUAUAUUGCUCGGUGCAACACCUCGGACUCGAACAGGACGAUCGCCUGCUUUUGCACUUCCUGAGGUCGUACAAGAUGACGUCGCAUAGUACAGAGCCACUCCGGAAAGCUUGGAACGAUGUCGUCUGCUCUCGCGUUGCUCGAGGCUAUACAAGAUGCCACUGCAUAGUACAGAGCCAUGCUAGAAAACUCGGAAUAGCAUCGCCUACUCCCGCGCUACCCCAAGGCUAUGCAAGAUGGAGACGCAUAGUGCAGAGCCACUCCGAGAAACUUGAAACGGUACCAUGUGGUGCAAAUCCGUGCAGGUCGGUCAACGUCCACAUGGAAGGUAUGAGUCGAUCACUCGAGAAGUUAGCGGUCAUUAACAGACCAUGUAUAACCGACCUUUAUUCGCAGAUAUAAAAAUUAGCCUCUUGACCAA